AUGCGGAAGAAAGUGGACGCGCGCAUACGCACGCUCGUGGAGAAUGGGGUGAAGAACAACGAACGCACGAUGUUCGUGCUCGUGGGCGAUCGAGGACGAGAUCAAAUCGUCAACUUGCAUUACAUGCUGAGUAAAGCGGUGGUGAAGUCGAGGCCGAACGUGCUGUGGUGCUAUAAGAAGGAUUUGUACCUGUCUUCGCAUAAAAAGAAACGAGCGAAACAGAUCAAGAAGAUGCAAAACUCUGGCUUGAUGGAUUCGGAGAACGAGGAUCCGUUCUCACUGUUCGUGGCGUCGACGAAUAUUCGGUACUGUUAUUACGCGGAUACGCAGAAAAUUUUGGGGAACACGUACGGGAUGGCAGUGUUGCAAGAUUUCGAGGCGCUGACACCGAACUUACUGGCACGAACGAUCGAGACCGUGGAGGGUGGAGGGUUGAUUGUGCUGCUGUUGUCGAACAUGGAAAGCUUGACGCAGCUGUAUAACAUGACGAUGGACGUGCACUCGCGUUUUCGCACAGAGGGCCACCAAGACGUGGUCGCUAGAUUUAAUGAGCGAUUCACGUUGAGUUUAGGGGCGUGUCAGACGUGCAUCAUGAUGGAUGAUGAGUUGAAUAUUUUGCCAACGAGUUCGCAUAUUAGAGGCAUAGAACCAGUUGAAGAAAAGCAUGCGGGAGAGGCCCAAGAGCUUACCGAUCUGAAGGAGAGCAUGGAGGAAGUUGAGCCGGCUGGCCCGCUUGUGAAGUGCUGUAAGACUAUGGAUCAAGCCAAAGCAGUGGUGACGUUUCUCGACGCUGCGAGUGAGAAGACCCUCCGAUCAACAGUUGCGCUCACCGCCGCGCGCGGUCGCGGUAAAUCUGCUGCCAUGGGUAUAGCUGUCGCAGGAGCCGUCGAAAUGGGUUAUGCAAACAUUUUUGUCACUUCUCCCAGUCCUGAAAACUUGAAGACAUUCUUUGAAUUCAUUCUCAAAGGCUUCGAUGCGCUUGGAUACAAAGAGCACUUGGAUUACGAUCUCGUAGAGUCCACCAACCCCGCGUUUGGAAAGUGUAUUGUGCGUGUCAACGUCACGAGACGUCAUCGACAAACGAUUCAGUACAUUUUGCCUCAACACGCAGAGCGUGCGACGCAAGCCGAGUUACUCGUCAUCGAUGAAGCAGCCGCCAUUCCGCUGCCUACGGUAAAAGCGUUGCUCGGGCCGUAUCUCGUGUUCCUUUGUUCUACAAUCAACGGUUACGAAGGCACAGGGAGGGCGUUGAGCAUCAAACUCAUCGGUAAUUUGCGAAGGGAAGCGGCAACGUCACAACAGGCGAACAAGGAUGGGAAGCUGGCGACAGGUGGAUCUCGAUUGCUCAGAGAAGUAGCUCUUGCUGAACCUGUUCGUUACGCUGCUGGAGAUAGGAUCGAAAAAUGGUUGAAUGAUUUGUUGUGUCUCGAUGCGGCGGAUGCAUUAACGCCGCUCAUCCACGCGCUGCCUCCGCCCAGUGCAUGCGAACUUUAUGAGGUGUCGCGUGAUACCUUAUUCAGUGCGCACGCCGCAAGCGAGCAGUUCUUAAAGAAAAUGAUGGCACUAUAUGUUUCUAGUCACUACCGCAACACGCCGAACGAUUUGCAGCUCAUGUCUGAUGCGCCGGCUCACCGCCUCUUUGUUCUCUUGGCGCCGGUGGAUGAAACACGAAACAUGUUGCCAGAGAUUCUUUGCGUCAUUCAGGUAGCUUUAGAGGGUGCGAUCUCGCAGAAGAGUGCGCACGCAACACUGGCUGCGGGGUUAUCUCCACAAGGUGACCUCAUUCCGUGGACCAUGGCAUCGCAAUUUCAGGAUGAAGGCUUUCCUUCCUUCACGGGGGUGCGCAUUGUUCGCAUCGCCGUGCAUCCGGACUUGCCUCGUCAAGGUUACGGUUCUCGUGCGUUGCAGCUCAUCCACGAUUAUUACGAAGGAAAAUUGGCUGAUUUACGCGAAGAAGAAGUGUCGAACAUCGACGCCAAGACGAAUACUGAGCACUGGCAGCACACAGGCAAGCUCACAGAGGAGACACUCAAGCCUCGCGAGAAUUUGCCGCCGCUUUUGACAAACCUCUCAGAGCGCAAGCCAGAGAGGGUGAACUGGAUCGGCACCGCAUUCGGACUCACGUCCGAACUUUACAGCUACUGGAGCAAGGGUGGCUAUAAGCCUGUGUACCUGAGACAAACGUCAAGCGAGACUACGGGCGAACACUCGUGCAUCAUGUUACGCCCUUGCUUUCCAGUUGGCGAGGAGGAAAGCCCGGAUGGUCACUGGGUGGAUGCGUUCUACGAAGAUUUCCGCGUGAGAUUCACUUCUUUGAUGGGAUCUGCUUUUAGAGACCUUGCUCCAGGUCUAUGUUUGUCUUUGAUGGCGCCAAAGCUAAACUGGGACGAAAAACAAGGCGCGGGGCGCGACUCCGUCUUGAAGGCGGACAAUGAGAUUUUGAGCCCGCACGAUUUACGACGCAUCCAGAAAUACUCAGCCGCUUUGGUGGACCAUCAUUUGAUUGGUGAUUUGGUCCCCCCACUCGCGCGCGCAUACUUUGCAAAACGCAUUCCCGUGACGCUUUCGUACACGCAAGCUGUGAUUUUGCUCAUCCUUGGUCUGCAACUGAAGACCAUCGACGACGGAAUGAAAACUUUGGACUUGCCCGGACAACAAAUAAUGGCAUUAUUCAACAAAGCUAUUCGUCGGAUACACGGCUCACUUCUCAAGGCACGCGAAGCCGAUAUCGAGAACUCGCUGCGUUCUGUGAGUAUGCCAGAUUUGAGACCCCAUGCGGUUGGAUUAGAUGAAGAAUUAGAUGAAGGGUACGUCGACUUCAACUUUUUUUCGCGUUCGCCCGACUCGUGUCUCGCUCCAAAGAUGAUGGAAGUGAUCGAAAACAAUAUAGUUCCAGAAUUUCACGCUCUUUGGCGCCACCGUUUAGGCGGGGUUAUAAGUCAUAGAGUUCUAUGUUGGUAA